ACGGGAGUACUUUUGCUACGGUGCUCUUGUUAACUCUUUAUAUUUAAUUACAAAUAUUAAUCAUCUGUUUUUAAGUGACUCAAUAUUUCAAAUAUCAUUUAAAUUUAAAUUAUUUAUUUAUUCGUUCAUUAAUUCUAAAAAUUAUAGAUUUAAGUAUCUAAUGCUCAGACAUUAAUGCAAUUAAAAAAAAAACUGUAACGAUACUGCUGUGGAAAUUGUGUCAGAUAUAUGUCCAUGUCCUCAACCGGUUUCCGAUUGAUUGCACACGAUACAAGUUAAGAAAGAAAGGCCUUAUUCGGAAGCACAGUCAUAUUUAACCAGACUCAAGUUCGUUGCGUGACUCGGUCCUGUGGGCGAUCUUUUGAGCUUCACUCCACUGAUUACUCAUUUUUAAUUUUUUAUACAGGUAAUUAUUGGCGUGAGUGGACUGAAAUAAUACACAAUGAUGAAGAUGGAAGUAGUAAUGUCACCAGGAAGAUUUAAUGAUGAUGGAGCGCCGUUUAAAAAUGAAGAAAUUAGAGAAUGGUCGAGAGUUGAUCGUCUAACGGGGAUGCUGGAACGCGCGAGAAUCGAAACCGGGAGAUGGAAAACUAAAAAUGACGAUGCUGCUCGUUCUUAUGGAAAAGUUACGGACCAACGCGAACGUAAUUCCGUUGAUGGCAGCGUAACGCAAAAAGCACACAGACAAGUUGAAAUAUUCCAAAGUAAAGAACCAGGUAGAUCUGUACAAGUCGUACGCGCAUCUCAAUGGUCGUCUUCUAAAGUUACCGAUGUUGAAAGUAUUCCUCCAAGCCAUGGAUUAAAUAGAAUAAAUGAUGAAUUAAAAAUAGACAGUUGGAAAUUACCAUCUUUACGUGAUAUCCAUGCGGAACUAGAACGCGAUACUGAAUUACCUUCUAUUAGAAAUACAAUAAAUGAUAGCGUAUUUAAAAAAUGUACAUUAAAUAAAAAAAGUAAUUCAGAUGAUGAUUUAUCGAUACUAAGCACCGGUGAUUCAUCAAAAAACAAAGAAUCUUUUACACGCGAUUGUAAAAAUAGACGAUCGUUACAAAUCUCACCCAGUGUUAUUUCGAUAUCAUCGAGUACCAGUGAGGAAAAAAAUAUUCAAAAUGAAAUUUAUUCCCCGUUGUCAUCAGCGACUAGCGGCAAUACAUCAGUAAUAAUUGGUGACAAAUCUCUUUAUGGUUCACUACGAAAACCUCCGAUUCAAUCAUCACCAUCAUCAUCUUCAUCGCGAGGUAAUCGCCCGGCAGUGACUGUAGUAAAUUUAAUAAACCCAUUGGAGAAAUAUCAAGAUGAUUUGAGAAGUAAAAAAAGUAUCGUGACGCUUCGGUCUUCGCCUAUUGCUGAAGAAGAAGAUAUGAAAUUAUUUAAUAAUAAUAAUAAUAAACAAAUUGGUGCUAAAACAAAUUCAUCUGGUGAUGAAACGUCAUCGGCAAUAAAUUUACCCGGACGAGUUAAAAAAGUUGGAUUUUGUAAGACUGAGAUACAUUUCGCAGCCGAUUCUGGUAAAGUUAAUAUUGUGGAGACUGAUGGUAAACCACCGCCGACGAAUCGGUUUCGUCGACGUAAACGGAAUCAUAAUUACUCAUCUGGGCAUGCUGGUAGUUAUCCAAGACGAAUGAUUAUUAAGGAAAUACCACCUGAUGUUAAACAUAAUAAACUGACAGGUGAUGACGUAGGCGCUUACUCUGUUGUUGAUUUAGAGACCAAAAAAUUCUGGACACCUGAACGUGAUGGUAAAAUUCAUACCACUAUGAUUAAUGUCAGAGACAAUGAAGAGUUAAAGAAAUCAAAAGAAUUGACAUCACCAAAAGUCGUAUCUGAAGUGAUAUCACGUCGAAACAUUGAUCAAGUCGACAAUAAUACCGUAACAAAAGACGCUGAAAACAACCGCGUACUCUCAACAGUCGUUACAACUCACGAAUCAACAAUUGCACGUGUCGAAGACAACGUUCCAAAGAUUAAAAAGCCAACUGAUGAUUUUAAUAGAUUCACUUCCUCAUUGCUACGAAGAAAUAAAAGUAAUGGAUUGAAACGUGCGUCGAGUGUCAAAAGUGACUCGGGCAAAAAUUCACUGACUAAAAAAUCAAGUAAAGACAAAGACAAAGAUAAAGAUAAAGAUAAAGACAAAAAUAAAGAUAAAGAUUUAAAAGAUCCCGUGUACAUUAACGUAUUCCGAAGUAACCGGACGCCCAUAUACGAAAAUUAUCAACCCCCAGAAAAAUCAACAUCUGAACCCACCCACGAGUCCACUCCUGGAACUUCAAAGCCAAUUGAUAAGAAAAAUUCAUUCAAAAUAUCCAAUAAAUUAGGAAAAAGAUCUCCAAUAACUACAACACGUUUCGCAACGUGGAGUGGAUCCAUAGGAAAAUAUCCCCGUGAUUUAACGAAAGCUAAAGUUAUAAAGAAAGUUAAUAGCAGUAGUAAUAAUAACAGUAACAGUAGUAAUAACAGUAGUACAGAGACCGGUAAAUUACAGCGGAAGAGUCCUACGAGUGAAUCAAAGAGAUCAGAUAUCAAAACCGGAUCAAGUAGAUCCAAGAAACCGAUGGAAGUUAUUUAUCGCACGGCUGUUUAUAACAUGAAGAAUGAAAAAUUGUCAAAGCCGACUAAAGGCAGAGACAGUAAAACCCCUCCACGUUACAUCAAUGAUCUCAUCUGCGGUGGCAAAACCAGUCGGCCGAGUAACUCAAAGCAUAAAGGCUCCAUUUCUCAGACUAACAAAGAAAUACAAACGAGCCACUGGAAAUAAAUGCUCAAUGUUAUUAUUAUUUUUUUUAUCCGUAAGAUUCAGUAAUAAAAUUAAUUCGUUAAUAAUUUAUGUUAAAUUUAUACGAAUAAUUUAAAUCUGUUAAUGCUUUUUAUAUAAGAGACUUAUUGAAAUGACAUUAGAAAAAGAUAAAUGAUGAUUUAUUAACAAUUGUAAGACUUUUAAUUUAAUUGUUUUAUAGAAAUAUUUCAUAUAAGUUAUCAAGAAGAUUUACACGCUAUUUUGUUGUUGUUUUUAUAAUUUUUUUUUCUUUUUUUUUUUUUUUUUUUUUUUUUUUUCAAGAAAGCCAAUGAUAUGUAAAAA